AUGCAUGAUGCUUUCCAGGCACCUGACCGCGUUGUCAUCGGAUUCUCACGACAGUCAGAGAUAUCCGCAAGAGCUGCGAAUGGUGUGUUAUUCGAUGCGCAGCGUUGUAGACGCAGCCUCAUGGAUUUGGUCUGUUCUAGCCACGUCGUUUUUUCCACCUUGGCUCAGCAAGGCAUGCUGGACUAUCCGGUUUUUGGACUAAGUCUUACUAGAAAUGAUACCGGAACAUUUACCCUCGGGGCUAUCGAUGUAUCUGUCGUGCAAAAUCUCAGCCAAGUUGUAUUGAAUGAGGUCGUAUCCUUAUCUCCGGUCGGUACGCAAACAAAUACUUCUGGCUACGUUUUCUGGGUGAUUCGUAUGAGUAGCUUCGCGGUCAACGGAACCCAGUACACUCCUCAACCAACCUAUCCUGGCCCAAGUGACAACUCAUCGAUUGCUCUUUUGGAUGUGACUGUAUGGCCCAUAUCAAGAUGUCAGCUCCUGGUUUUCUUGUCGACCGACUAA